AUGAAGCUUUUAGGUCAAAAAUUAGUUCCCAAUCAACCAGGUACAAUCACCAUAAUCCCAGAACAACCAGAUGAUUUAUGGUUUUUGUACAAUCUUAUUGCCAAUGGUGACAUAAUUUCUGCCCCUACCACAAGAAAAAUCCAAACUUGUUCAGACAAAAAAAACACAUCAAGGGUAAAACUUGAACUCGAAAUCAGAAUCACAAGUUUUGAUUAUGACAAAAGUUGUUCCAUUAUUCGUGUUCGUGGCAAGACAAUAACGUCGAACGAUCAUGUCAAGUCAGGAGUUUUUCACACGUUGGAGUUAGGAAAAAACAAAGAAUUCAAUCUCAUGAAGAAGCUUUGGGAUGAAGAAACAAUAGGAAUAUUAAAAGAUGGAUCCGAUCCAAAUGGUGGUUCAAAGGUUGAUUUAGCUGUUAUUUUAAUGAAGGAAGGAUUGGCUCAGAUUUUCUUGAUUAGACAAAGUGCAACAAGUCAUUGUGCAACAAUACAAGGUGAUAAAAUUACUAAUAACUCGGGUUCUAAGAGUUUUUUCGAGAAUAUUUUCGUUUCAUUUAGGAAGCAUAUCGAUAUGGAUGUUAUUCCUUAUGUGGUUAUUGCGAGUUGUGAGUCCAUAAAAGAUGAAUUUCGAGUUUACUUAUUAUUAGAGGCACAUAGGUCGAAGAUAAAAUCAAUAGAGAAUAACAAGUCGCGUAUACUCUUAGUGAAUAAAAAUAAUGUGAAGGAAAUUUUGCAUGAUAAGGUUGUGAUGAGUAUGAUGAAGAAUACGAAGAGUGAAAUUGACAUAAAGGUUUUGGAUGAAUUUAUGAAUAUGGUAUCGACGAAUUCUAAAAGGGCAUGUUAUGGUACAAAAGAUGUGGAAUAUGCACAUGAGUUGAUGGCAAUUGAGACCCUUUUAAUUACUAAAGAAAUUUUGAGAAAUGAGGACAAUAAAAUGAGGCAAAAGUACUUGAGAAUGGAAAAAUCAGUGAAGAAAGCUGGUGGGAAAGUGGUCCAAUUUAAUCAAGAUGUAGGACAAAGACUUGCUCAAUUGACAGGAAUUGCUGCAAUUUUGAGGUUUCCUUUGCCUGAUGUCGAUGAACUGGUUUUGUGA